CAGCCACUAAUUGCCGAUCCAUAGGGCUUUAAUGGGACAUGGUUUGGUCCAUUGGAGCUGUAAACUCUUCUCACAAAUCUCCGUCUUGCCAAAAGUUGUACUCCUGAGGGAUCAAGUUCCCCCAUCAAACCCAUGACACGGAUGAAAGGAGUGAAUUUGCAGCAUUUUUCUUUGGCAGUUGUUUUGUGGGUUUGUGUGUUUUUGGUUUUGCAUCAUUCCUGCGUUUGCCCUUGUCGGCCACCGUAUGUUCCUCUAUUUAACAAUUUAUACCAAAAACAUUUUUACAAAAACUCAAUUUCUUUCUAUUUUUAUACCAAAAUCCAGUUAUUUUAUCUUCCUGUAAAUCAAAAUGUGACGUCAGCGUUUAUUAACUGAUUCUCCCCGACUGCAGGAAAUAUGUAAUUCAGGAAAUAAGUGGACGUGUGAUUUGUGUCUCAGCUUUAAAGGCGUCUCUGUGUGUGUUUGAUGCCACAGGGAUGGGGAACAGCAACAGUGACCGGUCCAGUGGGGGUCAGGGGGACAGGAAGGAGGCCCGACCCAACAUCCUGAUGGACAGCACAGAGGACACAGACCUCUUCCGAGGAGAGGACCAAAAGGCUCCGCAGGAAAUCCAGGAGUUUCUGGCCUGGCAGCAGGACCUGGAGAGUGACAGCAAGAGUCCAACGCAGGACGCCAGACCCACAGUGUUCAGGUGGCCCGGCGCCGCCAAAGAGGUCUUCGUGUCCGGCUCCUUUAACAACUGGGCCACCAAGAUCCCGCUCAACAGAAGUCAGAAGAACUUUGUGGCCAUAGUGGACCUGCCGGAGGGGGAGCACCAGUACAAGUUCUGUGUGGACGGUUUGUGGACGUUGGAUCCUGCUGGGGCUGUGAUGACGUCAAAGACGGGAACGAUCAAUAACGUCAUCCAGGUGAAGAGAACUGACUUUGAGGUGUUUGAUGCCCUCAGGAUCGACUCAGAGGAUUCUGCAGACCUCUCAGGUACCUGGAUUCAACCCCAGAUAUUGUUUAAAAAAAAGGGUUUUAAUCAGCAUGAAAUGUUAUAA